AUGGCCUACGAUAUCCAGUCCAGUGGCACGGCCAACAUCACCGCCCUGCCAGUCAACAGCUCCAGCUUGGUUCAGCCCAUCAUGACCGGUCUCACUUCCCUCUUGCUCUUGGGCACCUAUGCCUUCCAGGCCGUUCUGGGCCGGCCAGAUGCCGGCCUCGUAAGGAACAACGGUGAUAUCAUCAAGCGCUCGGUGGACUCCUUCGUUGCAACGGAGCGUCCCAUCGCCCUGAGCCGCCUGUUAUGCAACAUAGGCGCAAAUGGCUGCUACGCAUCCGGUGUAGCAUCAGGCGCGGUUAUUGCAUCCCCUAGCAAAGCCAACCCGGACUACUGGUACACCUGGACACGAGAUUCAGCCCUGGUCCUCAAGGAGAUCACUGAUAUCUUUGCCAAUGAAUACAACACUACCCUCCAAUCAGACAUCCAGAACUAUAUCACUGCCCAAGCGAAACUUCAAGGCGUGUCCAAUCCGUCGGGCUCUCUAUCCAAUGGUGCUGGUCUGGGAGAGCCCAAGUUCAACGUCGACCUGAGCCAAUUCACCGGCUCCUGGGGGAGGCCACAAAGAGACGGACCUGCUCUUAGAGCAGUCGCACUCAUCACUUAUGCCAACUGGCUUAUUAGCAAUGGCUACCCCUCGACUGCCUCAAACCUUCUCUGGCCCAUUAUCCGUAACGACUUGAGCUAUGUAGCCCAGUACUGGAACCAGACCGGGUUCGAUCUCUGGGAAGAGGUCCAAGGCAGCUCGUUCUUCACGACGGCCAACCAGCAUCGCGCACUCGUCCAGGGUGCUGCACUUGCAUCCUCGCUGGGUACUUCCUGCACGGCGUGCAGUAGUGUUGCUCCUCAAAUUCUUUGCUUCCUCCAGACCUUUUGGUCGUCUAGCGGAUACAUCGUUUCCAACAUUAAUGUGAACAAUGGCCGCACUGGCAAGGACGCGAACUCCCUUAUCUCAUCAAUCUCAACAUUCGAUCCUGCCGUGGCAUGCGAUGCUGCAACCUUCCAGCCGUGCAGUGACAAGGCUUUGGCUAACCAUAAGGCUGUGACGGACUCUUUCCGCUCCGUAUACGGCCUCAACUCCGGAAUUCCGCAAGGCACCGCGGUCGCUGUUGGCAGAUACUCCGAAGACGUCUACUACAAUGGCAACCCCUGGUAUUUGACCACACUCGCCGCAGCAGAGCAGCUCUACGACGCUCUGAUUGUCUGGAAGGCUCAGGGGUCCAUCCAAGUUACUUCGACAUCGCUGGCCUUCUUCAAGGAUCUUGACUCCUCGAUCACCGCUGGCACAUACCAGUCGGGCUCAUCUACGUACACAACUUUGAUCAACGCCGUUACAGCGUACGCCGAUGGCUAUGUAAAUAUAGUGGCAACCUACGCUGCACCUAACGGAUCACUGUCGGAGCAAUUUGACAAGUCAAGCGGCUCGCCCCUCUCAGCCUAUGAUCUGACCUGGUCUUAUGCCGCGUUCCUGAGUGCCGCAGCCCGUCGCGACGGCACCGUUCCCCCGUCUUGGGUCGGCGCCUCUGGCAACGUCAUCCCAGGGACAUGUUCCACACCGUCGGUAGCUGGGUCAUACUCGUCCGCGGCGGCACCCUCUUUCCCUGCCUCGCAGACCCCACAGACCGGCUACAGCACCACCGCGACAGCCACCGCGACAGGCACUACCUCGUCCUCGACUGGCUGCGCCACCGCCUCUUCGGUCCUGGUCACGUUCAACGAGCUUGUCACGACGACCUAUGGAGAGACCAUCAAGAUUGUCGGUGAUAAUGCCGCCCUCGGCAGCUGGGACACUAGCAAGGCCGUGGAACUCAGCGCGAGCCAGUAUACCUCGUCAAAUCCGCUGUGGUCUGUCACAAUUGACUUGGCUGCCGGCGCAGUAGUCGCCUACAAGUACAUCAGGGUGUCUUCUACAGGCACGGUAUCAUGGGAGGCCGACCCCAACCAUACCCUUACAGUGGCAGCCUCUUGCGCCACUGCUACCACUGUCUCUAACACGUGGCAGAGUUGA